UCUUCCCCUUUCUGAGCUCACUCUCUCUCUCUCAUCUUCUGCUCUGACUCUAUCACACAGUCUCCGGCUCAGCGGACGGACCAGACCUCCUCUCCUGCUCCUCUGCUUUGUGUUUCUCUCACAGUCUUUUAUUUUAUUGCACCUUAUUCCUCAUUUAUUUCCAUUUUUUUUUUAAAAACACCCCCCUCCCCUGUUACAGGGGGCUUCAGUGGGGGUUUCGGAGUGUGUGUGUGUGUUUGACCUGUGUGUGUGAGUGUGUGUGCUGGAGCUUUCGGCAUGGAGGCAGUGGCACUUUAUACGUUUCGGGCCACAGAGGGCGAUGAACUUAGUUUUAACAAGGGAGAUUUACUCAAGAUCACCAACAUGGAGGAUGAUCCGAACUGGUACACAGCUGAGCUCCACAAUAGAAAAGGGUUUGUGCCGAAAAACUACAUAAAUCUGAGGCCACACGCCUGGUUUGCCGGUCGUAUAUCUCGCGGUGUGGCAGAAAGUCGACUCAGACACAGGGAAUGUGGAGCGUUUCUGGUCCGAGAGAGUGAGAGCGCUCCUGGAGAGUUCUCCAUGUCUGUCAGUUACGGGGACCAUGUUCAGCAUUUCAAGGUGCUGCAGGAUCGGUGUGGUCAGUACUACGUGUGGGACGAGAUCUUCUCCUCUCUGAACGAGCUGGUGGAGUUUUACCAUAGCAACAGCAUCGCUAAGGAGAGGACUGUCUUUCUGCGAGACCCUGAGCACUUCGCCAGGCGCCCCCACCAUGCCCACGCUCUCUUCGACUUCACCCCCCACCACCCCUCCCAACUUCGCUUCUUGCGCGGCGACGUCAUCGAACUCAUCGACUGCUCUGAUUCAGUGCGCUGGAGGGGCCGUUGCCAUGGACGUGUGGGCUACUUCCCCCCAGAGUACGUUCAGCCUGUUUACCACUGCCAAUGACCUGAUCACAGCCCCUUCCUCAGGUUCUGGAGCCCACCCCUUCACACCACUUCCCCAGCUUAUUUUUAUUUUUUUUUAUUUUUUUUUUUUUGUGUGCUCGUCUGCCGAUUUUUGGAGGAAACGGCCUAAGGGCUGUCACCGAACUGCUCGUUAUGUAACUGACUCCUCCCUCUUCCCGUCUGAUGCCGCCUGUCAAUCAAAGCCUCAUUAAUCACACCUCAUUCCUCUAUAAACAUAAAAAAAAUAAUAAUUUUCAGAUACGGACCUACACACUGUGGAGAACUUACACAGACACACACAUACUCCCAGGCAUAAUCAUUUAUAACCGUUUAUCAGCACUGGUGCAGACUAAAUAAAGACUACACACACACACACACACACACACACACAUACACACACACUAACCUGUGUGUGUGUGUUUUAAUGUUGCCCAUGGGAGGUUGCGGAUGAAGGGCAGGGUUUAUGCUGCUGCAGAUGAGUCAGGAUCCACUCUGGUAUUUAAACGCCUCUUCCACAAGGAGACCCGUUGAGCUGAGCAGAGACAGAGUCAUUGUGUUGUGAAUAUUUGAGGACACUGACACAGCAGAUUCCUCUGACUGACUGCGCUGGUGUGUGUGUGUGUGUGUGUGUGUGCGCGCGUGUGAAGGCGUUUAUGUGUAAAAUAUUGCUAUGACCACGCAUAAACCCGUGAAGUUAGUGUGUGUGUGUGUGUGUGUGUGUGUGUGUGUGUGUGUGCCCCCUUGUGCUCUGUGGACCAGUAAAGGAGGUUACUGCAUCCAGUGACCAGUGAAAUGAACACUGCCCAGAUGCCACUAUGUUUUUAACACACGGCUUAACAUGUAAUAUGCUAAUUUAACACGCUCGUUUAAUUUUUGUGAUCAUUUCUUUGUUUCUAUGUAUUUAUUCUUAUUCAUGUAUAACAUUAUACUACAUUACUGUACAUUACAAGUCUAAACAGUGUAAAGAGGUUUGGAUUUCUGUUGCAACAAAUUGUUAGAAAACCGCAUUUUGUUCGAUUAACAGUCAGAAAUUGGGACGGUCUUCCUUAACCUGUAAUAACAAAUCAUUGAAAUAAAGUGAUACAUUUACCUCUUUGAA